UCGCCGGAGCCAUUGCGUGGCGAAUUAAUUCUCUCCGCCCCUGCGCCCACUCAGCCACCAUAUAGCCUAGCCGCCACUACCACACCACCCUCCCACUCCGUGUGGCACCCGCCCGCCAAGAACCGGGACGAGCAACCAGUCGUCUCGUCCAGUCCGACUGGUUCCUGGCGCACGCAGCCUUCGCGCCCAAUCAGGUGCCUUGAUUUCUCGGAGUUCUUGAGCGCAGGGGACUGCCUGGUGGUGAGGUCGAGUGGCCGAGUUCUUGGCGAUUGGCUGGUGCGCCUGUGCUCGUACAUGAGGGGCUGUGCCGGGGGAGGGAGGCAACCUGGGGAAGGAGGCCGGGGAGGCGCUGGGGCUGCUGGGCUGCGUCAAUGAGGUGGUGGCGGCGGUGGCGGCGACGUGGGGGGCCAUGACCGACGGCGCGCGCGUGGAGGCGGCGCCCAGGCUCGCGCAAUGGCGCGUCGACGCGCUCCCCUGCUACACCUACCGCAAGUCGCUCCCCUUCCGCAUCGGCCUCUGGAACUGGUACAUAUCUGUGGAGAGAAACAACAAGCAAACUUGUGUUAAGCUCUUUGCAGAGAAUUCAAAUUCUACAAAGAACGGCCCCUCAGCCCCAAUAGCUUCCUUUGUCACCAAACUUCUCAUAUCUCUUCCACCUAAUCAACAAACCAUAGUUCACCCAGGAAUUUUCAACAAGCAGCUGAAACACGACGGUUUUGUGUGGGCGAUUGAUAGUACCGUUACAGGGAGAUUUGUGAUUGAGAUAGAGUUUCUUGACCUGAAGGUUGCUGAUCCAUCUGGCGGUGAACCGGCCUCAAUCUGGGCCUCCCACCAGAUCAAGCAGUCUUCAGACAACAUCGCACUGUCUGCCCUGUCUCGGAUGCUGCACGAGGACAUCCUCACCGACAUCACGAUCAACGCCGCGGACGGCAGCGUGCGCGCCCACCGCGCCAUCCUGGCGACGCGUUCCCCCGUCUUCCGGAGCAUGUUCUCGCACGACCUCCGGGAGAAGGAGCUCUCCACCGUGGACAUCUCCGACAUGUCCCUGGACGCGUGCCACGCCUUCCUCAACUACAUCUACGGCGACGUGCGCAGCGAGGAGUUCCUCGCGAACCGGCUGGCGCUCCUCCGGGCCGCCGACAAGUACGACAUGGCCGACCUGAAGGAGGCCUGCCACGAGAGCCUGCUGGAGGACAUCGACACGGGCAACGUGCUGGAGCGGCUCCAGACCGCGCACCUGUACCGGCUGCCGAGGCUCAAGGGCGGCUGCCUGAGGUUCCUGGUGGACUUCCGGAAGGUGUACGAGAUGCACGACGACUUCAACGUGUUCCUGCAGACGGCGGAGCGGGACCUCGUGGCCGAGGUGUUCCACGGCGUCCUUGCAGCGUGGAGCGGGCGGUAAGCACGCCAUGGCGUUGCAGCCUUGCAGGUGUACAUCUGGGUUGGUUGGUUGGUUCAGAAUCAGAAGCAUUGUUUGGAGGAUUCUUGCUGGAAAAGCAUGUAAAUAUUUGCAUACAGUACACACGUGCCAGUAGUUGGCUGGCCUGGGAUUCACUGUGUAUGCCUUGAUUGGAUUUUGUUCUUAUCAUGUGGAAAUCUAAUUCAUGUAAUACAUAUUGUCAUACACAUCAGCUGAUAUGGUGCUCAUGGCAAAAGUCCUUUAGGCUUCACAGA